ACAUGCAGGGGCUGCAGAAAGCAGAAACCUGCCCCGGCUCACAGACGUCACCACCGCCGCUGGAGAGGUUGGAUCAGGCUGCUGUGUCUGUGGUUGACAACACCGAUACACAAACACAGAUCAUCAGCUGCACGGCGCCAGGACCAUGCCACGAUAACCCAGCGACAGAAACUGGGACAAUACGAGUCUCCGCAUUGCGAGGGGAGGAGGAGGAGGAGGUGGGACUGUGCUGCGGCUGCACCACAAUGUGAAGGGAGGCUCUGAGGAGGAGAAAACAUGAAGCGCAAGAGCGAGAGGAGACGAGGCGAGUCGAGGAAGAAGCGCUGCGCCGCUCACCGCGGCUCAGAGGCGGGGCCGAACUCUGACUUGUACAUGGACAUAACAGAUCAACUGUACUUCGCCAUACUCCACCAGAAGAUCAAGAGCACCGCAGAGAGACACUGUUUCUGCAUAGACGAGGAGUUGGCGUAUGAGAACUUCUAUGCGGACUUUGGUCCCCUUAACCUGGCCAUGUUUUAUCGCUUCUGCUGCAAGCUGACAAAGAAGCUCAAGUCUAUUACGCUGUCAAGGAAGAAGAUCAUAUUUUAUACAUGUGGAGACCAGAAAAAACAGGCCAAUGCUGCUUAUCUAAUAGGCUCAUAUGCGGUAAUGCAUCUGAACAUGAUGCCAGAGGACGCCUACAGUCUGCUGGUUGCGAGGAAUUCAACAUACCUCCCAUUCAGAGACGCUUCAUUUGGAAGCUGCAUGUACAACCUGAACAUCCUGGAUUGCCUCCGUGCCGUUCAGAAGGCUCUGCAGUACGGCUGGCUGGACUUCUCCAACUUCGAUGUGGAGGAGUAUGAGCACUAUGAGAGGGCAGAAAAUGGAGACUUGAACUGGAUCAUUCCAGGGAAGUUCCUUGCAUUCAGCGGACCUCAUCCAAAAAGCAAAAUAGAAAAUGGGUAUCCUCUGCAUGCUCCCGAGGCAUACAUUCCUUACUUCAGAAAACACAACAUCACCGCUAUCAUCCGCCUCAACAAGAAGAUGUACGAUGCCAGGCGUUUUACGGACUCCGGCUUUGAACACCACGACCUGUUCUUCGUGGAUGGAAGUACACCGAACGACAGCAUCGUCAGGAAGUUCCUCAACAUCUGUGAGAACGCAGAAGGAGCAAUAGCGGUCCACUGCAAAGCGGGUCUGGGGAGGACUGGUACCCUGAUUGGCUGCUAUAUGAUGAAACAUUACGGCCUGACUGCUGCAGAGGCCAUUGCCUGGAUACGGAUCUGCCGGCCAGGGUCCAUUAUCGGGCCUCAGCAGAACUUUGUGGAAGAGAAGCAGAACAAUUUAUGGGCAGAGGGAGACGUUUUCCGAGAGAAGAUGCUCAAUGAACGAGAGAACGGCAAGGUGGCUGUCACAAGGAUCCUGUCCGGAGUGGACGACAUAACCAUCAACGGGAGCAACAAAAACAGGGCAACCAAGAAAGAAGAAAUGGAUCUGUAUAAUGAUGAGGAGGAGAGAAAUGGCCUCACGCAGGGUGAUAAACUGCGAGCACUGAAGAGCAAGAGGCAGGCCAGGUCGUCAUCAGGCUCACUCACACAGGAGGAGAAUAAGAUUCACACCAGGUCGUCAUCGCAGUCCCUGAGCAUGUCCAUCUUACAGGCCAGUGUUCAGGGCUGUAAGACCAACCCCAUGGCUCUGUCCGACCAAUCAGACAGCAGGAAGAGAACCAGAACCUCACUGCCAGCCAACAGUGUAGGAGGAAGCUCCCUGUGCCACACCAGACUGGUCAGGUCCCUAGGCAACUUGCAUGUAGUGGCUGGCGACAGGGACCCAAUGUGUUGUGAGCCAUGCGGCAGCCAUAGAGACGCAGCCAGUGCCACAGCCAACACAGGCACUUUCAUCAACUUAAACAUGGCACAGGUCCACCUGCAGACGCACUGCCUCCCAAGGACGUAAAACUUGCAGGUCUUUGCAAUCAAUUCGAUUUUCCAGGCUAUGUCACUCCAUACCCAAAGCUAGAGCUCCUCUACUUCGGUGAACCUGUGGAUCUGCAAAGCCUGAUGAACUUCACAUGAAAUCCUUUGUAUACAGCUGAACUAGUUUGUUGAUUCUUAAUUUUGAGGAAAAGAUUGGAACGAACUUUACCCGACAUGUAAUCGAUUUAUAGAUUUGUUUUUUUAAUUCCAAGUUAUUUUCGCCUGAAGGCACUUUGGUUUUUAUAGUUUUAACAGCAUCAUGAGACAAACUGAUAGUUUUAAUCAUUGCCUGGUUGUUCCUAUACUUUGAAAGCAUGCAGUAGCAAACAUCAGAUUGAAAUAUAUCUAGAAGACCGGCAUGUGAAUGUGUGAAUUCAGGAGGUUUCCUCCAGAAUACGCACUGUACAGCAGAUAUUCUGCUUUUUAAAGAUGGAUGCCUCACACAAUAACGUACUGUGCACAUUUGUACCAUUGUUCAAUAUCUGGCUCGUCUUUUAUCCCCAUCGUGUAUUCAAAGCUUUUCAAUACUGUAAAUGUGUGAUCAUUUGAUAUACUCAGUUUGUAUUUUGUAAAUAUUUUUGUACUAUGUUUAAAUCAUGCUAUGAAAAGUCAACAGUCCUAAAGGGGCCUCUAUCUAACUCAUGCUCAUAAUCGACAAUAGAAGUUUGCUCAAAGCACAGAAUUGGACAUUUUAAAUAAAUUGUACCCACCAA